CCCGGAGGCGGGCGGACAUGGAGGCUGGCUUCAGUCUGCUGGGCUCCCUGGCCGCGCCGCCGGCAGACAUGGCCGCCGAGACCUCCAUGCUGCUGGCGCCCUUCGGCCCCGCCAAGUUCAGUUACAGCGAAGCAGUCCUCGGGAGUUCUCCACCGCCGGGGACCUUGAGCUUCCUGGGGUCGCCAUCGCCGCAAGGCUCGCCCUCAUGCACGACCUUGAGUGCCAGCGGCCAGCCGGCCAAGAGGAAGCAGCGACGCUACCGGACUACGUUUAGCAAUUUCCAGCUUGAAGAACUUGAAAGAGCAUUCCACAAGACGCAUUACCCAGAUGUAUUUUUUAGAGAAGAAUUGGCUCUGAGGAUUGAUCUCACAGAAGCACGGGUCCAGGUGUGGUUCCAAAACCGCCGUGCAAAGUGGCGCAAACAAGAGAAAAUAGCCGCUAAACACCAACAGAAUCAACAACAUAUCAUUAACCACGGCACGGCAAUGGUCCAGGGAGUUAUUUCAAUACCAGUAUCAGCCAACUCUAGUUUCGGAAUGGAGCAACCACUUUUGUCUCCAAUUCAGUCCUUAUCGUCCGUUACAAGCACCAGUCCGCUCGCAUUAGGUGAUAGCAGCCCCUCACUGGGCGCCUUCAGUCCCACCAUCACGUCAUCUUCUGGAAGCAGUGCCCUACUUAUUGGAAUGGAAUGGGGUAGUUUUUCCCCAUACACUCCACAAGCCCACCACAAGCCUAUGGAUUCCGGAGACAUGGACACCAAUUUAUUGAGGUUGAAGCAAUCGAACAGUCGAGAAUCUUCUCCAACAUUAUUCACAUCAUCAGUUGAAUAAAUAUUUAAAGUUAUGUAACAUUAAGUUUGACUAAUAAUAAACACACAUGUUUAAAUAAA